CCUAUGCCUCUUCAGUUUGCUCUCCUGUCAUAUGUCUUCUAGCUGCUUGUAUUCAGUUAAGUGCGAACUGCUUUCAAGUACGCCUCGAGAGGAAAGCGAAGAAUAUUUUAUCUAAUAGAAAAAGAAAGAUAAAUGAAAAUGUACCACACUCCUAUAAUUGGGUUUUCGGCCGGGAGGAGAAGUCAUUAGAAGAUGAUUGCACUAGCUUUAAAACAGCUUCAUUUUCGGAAUCGUCGACUUCUUCAGGUGACUCUUUCGGGGAAGAAAAUACCUCGAUUGACAUACCCCUUCAAAAAUCUGUUAAAAUGGAAAAUUUCCAAUCAUCCGAUGAAGUCUUUCAACGAGAGAUAUCCUACAGUGACUUCAUAAUGUUUGAAAAAUGCUCACUACCACUGAAAUUUUUACAAUUAAAUUCUAAUCAUUUUAACUUGAACGCUGAGACAACUUGCACAUUUGCAACCCAUUCAGAUGAAAGAAAGCACCUCGUGCAUGCGCCAGCAGUAAAUGAUAAGCUUCAAAAGAAACAGUCCGAUGAUACGAAUGAGCUAACUGAAAAUUUAGUUUUGGAGAGGUGUUUAGAAGUUGAAGAGACACUUAAAGCUGAAAACUCUUCAGUUUCAAAUGAAUCUCCAGAUUUGGAUGAUUCUGCACUUGAUGAUUCCAGUUUUGAUGUAUCUCAAACCCCUUUCUGGGCGGGAGAAGUCAUACCAGUGACUAUAAAUUCACCUUCCUCUGCGCAGUCUCUUAACCUUAUAACUUUAACAAGCCCUCCAGUCUCAUCCAAUGCUAAUGACUAUACAACAUUUAAAGAAAGACUUGACUCUCUCAACAAAAAUGAAGUAUAUUUUAUAUCUGACAGUACAGGAGCCAAGCAUGAGAGAAAAUCGGUCACUUUUUCAACCUUCUUUGGGAGUAAAAAUAAGGAUGCUUCAACGCUAAAUCACCUAGAAGUGGAUUCAGAAGUUCAGCCUUUUGACGAGAAGGCAAAAUCUACACAGUUGGUCCUCAACGAAGUUAACAUAGGUCAGAUGGCAGUAUCCUCAAAUAAAAACUCAAUCGUUAAAGAAAGGACUGAUUUUGUAACAGCCAAUAGAAAGCCUUUGUAUUCCAAAGAAUGGCCUUCUAUGGAAUUCGAUGCCUGUAUGAAAGGAAACACUUACUCGCGAAAGAAUCAUAUUAGGAAGUUAUGGUCGCAUGUAAUUGCCGACGUUAAGCGAUCUUCUUCGGAUUCAAAUUUAGAUGAUGAUGCUUUGACAGACGUUCUGGAACGCGAAUUAGUGACAAAGCUGUUUCAUGACACUAUGUUCAGGAAGGUGUUGGAAAGGAGAUUAGCAGAGAAGAAAGUUUCUUCAAAUCUUGACGAAAGUAGUCAAAUUUGUGCUGGACGCAAGAACUUCAUCGAUCAAGUAGAAUAAAAAGACAUCCGAAACUUGUUGUGCAAGGGAUUAUUUAUUUCGUAAACUUCCUGUGGAAAAUUGAAAAUGUAUUUAUUUUUAUAUUUGCUAAUCAAAUAUUCUAUGAAUGUAUAGUAUAGAGUUUUUAAAUAAAA